AUGUCCCCCGCCAAGAAACUAACAACAGAACAAAAGAUAAUCAACGCUGCUGCGACUCUGUCUCGUCGUGGCAAGACCAAGCACGUGUGCCGCAAGAAAGUUGCUGCGAUGUGCGGUUUCAACAAGGAAACCAAGAGCUACGGGAAUUGUUUGGGAAAUCUCAAGAACAAGAAGAAGUUUAUUGCAUACGACAAGGAGACCAUCGAACUCUUACCAGCUGGAGAAGAGAAUGCCGAGCCAGAGGCCGAGUUGGGAAGCAAUGCGGAAGUCUUGGAGGCAUGCAAGGCAAAAGUCACGGGAGGCAAGCCCAAGCAAGUGUUGGACAUUCUUUCUGACGGUCGCACUUACAGUCGGGCGAAAAUUGGAGAAAUGAUUGGUUCGGACCAUACCAAGAAGAGCUUUAUUAAUAUUUUGUCACCUCUGAAGAAACCAGGCUACAUUGAGUAUGUGAAGGACGAGAAUGACGAGCCAGCCCUUCGUAUGCACGACGACAUGUUUCCUUUUGGUGGUCGUCCCGGAAGCUCGUCAAGUGACGAAGACGCCUGA